AUGCUGCAAGUUAAAAAAUUCAGUGUGAUUAGUCAAAGUUGUACAACAAACCAAUAAACAAGCAGCAUAAUAAGUUUGCAAAGUGAAAUUUGUCAUCGACUUGACUAGGAAUAAGUCCAAGUUCUUACCUGCUUUAGAAUUUUCUACAUACCUCUUGCAGUUCUACUUCUGGUAUAAGCUUUCUUAUACUCCUAAAGAAUAAGGUUAAGAUUUUUAUCUAGUUGAGUAAGAAGAAGAUGGUCCUGAAGGCCAGCAAAACAUCCUUCAAUCUUUUGGUUUGCCUCCUUUCUCUUCUUUUCUUUGAAGCCCGUCUUUACGAAGGAACCAAUGUCAUUAGAGUUGGUCAGACUCUCUCUGGAGACCAGACGAUAUCGUCAGAGAAUGGGACAUUUGAGCUAGGUUUCUUCAAACCAGCAAAUAGAAACUAUCCAGUUUCUGAUCCUUACAACUCAGAACUGAAACUCUUGCCUGAUGGAAAUCUUGCUCUGACAAAUGAGGCAAGAACAGUAAUUUGGUCCUCGGGUGCUACUGCAACAACAGAUAAUUCGACGGUAGCCAUUCUUCUUGACAGCGGAAAUUUUGUGAUACAAGAUCAUCAAGAUUCCUCUAAUGUUAUAUGGCAAAGUUUUGAUCACCCGACAGACACUUGGCUUCCUGGAGGAAAAAUUGGAUAUAACAAACUAAAGAAGGAGAAGAUUUAUCUAACCUCAUGGAAAAAUUCAGAAAAUCCCGCACCUGGUCUUUUCUCAUUCGAGGUGGAAACGAAUAGCACUAGUCAUAUUUUAGUCUACAAUAGGACUAAACGGUACUGGUCUUCUGGUGCAUGGACAGGAACAAGUUUUGCACUUGUUCCAGAAUUGAGUCAUAACACUUAUAUAUCAAAUCUUACUUAUAUUUCCAAUGUGAAUGAGAGCAUAUUCACCUAUAAGAUUGCUGUUCCUGAAACUUUCACACAGUUCACGGUUGAUACGAGUGGACUACUUAGGCAGUUUGUGUGGUGGAAGGAAGUCCCAGAACGCAAAUGGCUUCCCUUUUGGGUGUGGCCACUCCAUUGCGAUGGUUUGGGCUUGUGUGGUGAUUAUGCUACUUGCAAUCAGUUCAAAGAACCUUUUUGUACUUGUUUUCAAGGGUAUGAACCGAGGGUGUCAAAAAAUUGGGCAUUGGGAGAUUAUAAUGAUGGGUGCAUGAGGAAAUCAGGUAGCAAGACCCGGGUUUGGAUUGUUGUAGGAGCUACUGGAGGGUCCUUCAUUAUGCUUGGCAUAGUAACAUUAGCUAUCUUGCAUCUGAGAAAAGAAAAGGUGAGAAGUUAUGAUUGGGAAUCAGGGGAUUUGGUGGUGUUCAAGUACAAAGACAUCAGAAAAUUGACCAAGCACUUCUCAGAAAAGCUUGGCGAAGGCGGGUUUGGCUCAGUUUUCAAAGGGACUUUACCAAAUUCCAGAGCUAUAGCAGUUAAAAGGCUAAAGAAUUUACAGCAAGGAGAGAAGCAGUUCCGUGCAGAAAUGAGCACAAUCGGGCAAAUUCAACAUAUUAACCUUGUUCGUCUGCAAGGAUUCUGCAUAGAAGGUGAAAAAAGACUUUUGGUAUUUGAUUACAUGAAGAAUGGUUCUCUUGAAAAUUACUUGUUUCAUGAAAAUUCCAAUCUUUUUCUAGAUUGGAAAACAAGGUACAAAAUUAUGAUUGGAACAGCUAGAGGGUUGGAUUAUCUUCACGAAAAAUGCAGGGAUUGUAUCAUACAUUGUGAUAUUAAGCCUGAUAACAUAUUGCUGGAUGAUGACUUCAAUGCCAAAGUUGCUGAUUUUGGCCUAGCCAAGCUUCUUGGCCGAGAAUAUAGCCAUGUCUUGACAACAAUUAAAGGAACAAGAGGAUACCUUGCACCAGAAUGGAUAUUAAACGAUGCCAUCACUGCAAAGGUGGAUGUUUAUAGCUAUGGAAAGCUGUUGUUUGAAAUUAUGUCAGGGAGGAGAAAUAUAGAGUUUUCAGAUGAUGGAAGUUACUUUCCAGCUCUAGUUGCUGAGAAAUUAAACGAAGGGGAAGAAGGAUUAACGCAGUUCUUAGAUAAAAGAUUGAGAGGUGAAGCAGAUUCAAGCGAAUUGGCUAGAGCUUGCAAAGUGGCUUGCUGGUGCAUUCAGGAUGAUGAGAAAGAUAGGCCAAGUAUGGGGCUUGUGAUUCAGAUUCUGGAGGGACUUUUAGAAGUGGGGACUCCUCCAAUUCCUCGGUUGCUCUUGCUCCUAGGCUUCACAAAGCAAAAUAAAUCUCAACCCAGAGUUAACCAGGACUACACAUUUAGCACAUCUUCAUCCAUAAGUUGGAACUCACAAGAUAAGGCAAGUUCUUGGUCACCAAAACCACUAUUUGCUGAAGCCGCGCAACAAAAGCCUUUGAUAUUCAACCAAGUGUGAAUUGUCCAGUAGGAACAGAAAAACAAACAUACAGUUCAUCUAAUAAAACACCAUGAAGAUCAACAAACACUAAUCAGUGGCUGACUCGCCUCCUAAUACCUACUUCAUCCAAUGUAUUACCAGUAUGUAACUUGAAAUAGUCACUGACAACUUACAGCCUAGUGUUUCUGUUCCAUUCCCUCUGUUGUAUAUUAUUUUUCUCACUUAACUCUAUAUCCUGCAUUCUGCAUAUACAACUUACAACCAAUUCCAGCUGAAAAUUAACGACGACAGAAAUAAAGAAAAUGAAAAUUCAGCUCUAACAAUCUUUUGACAUAUUGAUAUAUUAUCUUGCCUAGUUUUUUUUCCUAGUUCAUUUUCGCUUGUAUUACUCU